UGAGCAGUGUUAGCUAGUAAAUAUAUCCCUAAAAUAUCCAAAAAAUGAAACUUCUAGCAAAGAUUAUUUGGCUUAUGUUAUGGGCUGUUUGUGUAGGAGAAGUUAAACCUUGUGAUUUUCUGCAAAUAAAACACGGAAGCCUAUAUAAUGAAGAUAGAUAUAGACCAUACUUUCCAGUGCCUGUAGGAAAGUCUUUUUAUUAUCACUGUGAUCACAAUUUUGUGACAUCUUCAGGAAGCUACUGGGAUACUAUUUAUUGCACACAAGAAGGAUGGUCCCCAGCGGUACCAUGUCGCAGACAAUGUACUCUUCAUUAUGUGGAGAAUGGACGUAAACCAAGGAACAAAAGAAAAUAUCUACAAGGUGAAUCUGUGCAAGUCACCUGCUAUCGUGGCUACAGCCUUCCGGAGGAGCAGACCACAGUGACAUGUACCGAGAAUGACUGGUCCCCUCCUCCCAGAUGCAUUCGUGUCA